AUUUGCAUCUUGUUUGUCGGUUCUGAGAAGCUGAGCGAUUCAUGGCUAAGAGAUCAUGCUAAACUGCUUGCAGUGAGUGGAGCACGAGUUAGAUGUGCAUUAAAGUGGCUGAAACAGCACAAUCCUCUUUAUUCGGACAUCAUGUUCAAUGAGGAUGUACUACGUGAAUUAGAUGAGAAUCCCAUUCUUCCUAUAUCUAUUCAGCAUGUCUUACUGUCCAUUGCAGGAGAUUCAUUGACAUCAAGAUAUGAAGCACCUAUGGAUACCAGUCCAAUGCCAUCAGACAAUGUGCCUUUCGAGAACAUUGUCAUAACGGAUGUGGAUGGUGGUGUGUCUUCUAACAACCUUCGGGCAGUGGCUGUGCAUCAUAUAAAGAGGAAAGGUGGUGGGUACAUUGAACUUCCUCAUGAUCUGGUACCAGCUGAAGAGUUUUAUAAUCCAGUUUUGUUUCCUAUGAUGUAUCUGACGCUUUUUCUGUAUGGCAGAGGGGGGAUGGAGGAUCAUUCUCGUGUUAAGCUGAUAUUGUUAAAGGCUCAUGUAAAACAU